AUGGGAUUGAAGAGGGAUUCUCCUGUGGAAAUUUUGACAAGAUGGUUGGAGAAGAGAUCAUUGAAAGUGAAGAUCUUUUUGGGGAUAUUGCUUGCUUUUUGUGCUAUUGUGGUUUUAAAGCACACUGUCAAAGAACAUGAUUUUUUCUACAUAGCUGCUGAAUCAAUCCAUAUUGUUGGCCUUAUUGUCCUCAUAUACAAGCUCUUUGCUCACAAGAAUUGCUCGGGUUUAUCCCUCAAGAGCCAAGAGCUCACAGCUUUAUUCCUAAUAACAAGAUUAGGUUGUAGCAUCUAUAUGGAGGCUAAUGUGCACACUGUGCUGGAUUCGAUAUUGCUCUUGUCAACAUUAUUGGUUAUUUGGUUGAUAAGAUUCAAGUUGAAGUCAUCCUAUAUGAAGGAGUUUGACAACAUGUGGUUAUCAAUUUUGGUGGUGCCUUCUGCAAUAUUGGCUAUAGCAAUUAACCCAAAUACAACUCAUAUACUGAUAGCUCGAAUACUUUGGGCAUUCACUGUAUAUUUGGAGACUAUUUCAAUACUUCCUCAACUUCGUUAUAUGCAAAAUGCAAAGAUGGUUGAAACAUUCACAGGAUAUUAUGUAUUUGCUCUUGGUGUCUCGAGAUUCUUUGCAAUGGCUUAUUGGAUUAUUUUUACCUAUAGUACAAGAGGGGCAUAUCUAUUUGUGAUUGGCCAUGGCUAUUUGUGGACGUUGGCAGCUCUUUUAACAGAGAUUAUUCAGACGUUCAUCUUGGCAGACUUUUGUUACUAUUAUACGAAGAGCUUCAUGCAAGGGCAACUUUUGAAGAAAAUGCCUGUUUAAUAAUCUUACGUUGGUUAUACAAUGUACUGAAAGAAGAGUUUGCAAAUGUAACUUAUGUAGGCUUUUAUAUGUCAUAAUACUAACGGUAAUGAUUUAGGAACACAAAUUUCAACAUUACACACCGUAUAAAGCACCGUAGCUAUACGGUUUUGGAGGUUUUUAAA